GUUCAGCAUAGAUUUAAUAGGAUUAUACUUCUAGCCUAAAAGACUCAUUUGUAUGGUUAGUCAAAGUAAGCUGUCAAUCGUUCCUUACAACCUAAUGGUGCCUUCUUCGGCCCAUGUAACUUGCAUAGCCACGACGUAUCCUCAUAACCUUGCUUUGGUGUAGACUCCUUCACAACUUGCUCUUUCUAGGAGGUUGCGCAGCCCACGGGCCCUCGUCAAUCCAGCCGACUGCCAUGCACCGAUAAUUAGGGCAACAUAAAGCAACUGUGGAAGCAUGGCUGACACAGUUCAGCAGUCGGAGUACAUAAUCGUGCCCUGCGACUAUGAAGCCUUGCUGCGGAAAGGAUACGAGAGGGAGCAUCUUUCGCUAAAGCUCAGCCUUGGCCAUGAGAUUGCUCUUCUACAGAAACAACAUGCCGAGGAGCUGUUAAAGCGCGAUACGGAGCUCGAGGGGGCGAGGGAAGAGGGAACCAAGCUAAAGAAUGAGAUACUUGCCUGGCGCAAGAAGGCUGUCAUGUACAAGAUAAAGUGGGCAGGCGCAGUGGACGGUCUGCAGCUGUCACAGGCGCAGCUUACCAGCACCGAACGCACUGCUCGGAAGAUUGCGGAGGAGAGGGAGGUGCUACUUCGCGGGUGCAAGGAGCUACAGGACCAGGUGCAGGUGCUGACAGCGCUAUGCCAGGGACAACAUCGUGCCAAGGUCCAGCAACAGGGCCAGCUUGAAAGCACCGGCGCGGAGGCGAAGCAGCUGCACUCCCAGCUAGCGCAGUCCCAAGAGUUUGCUGAGUUGCUUGCGCGGCAGCUGGCAAGCGAACGCGCAGCGCUGGAAGCAGCGCGGCAUGACGGGGACGCGCUGCGGGAGGAGCUUGCCCAGCGGACGUCGGAGCUGCAGCUGCAGGUGUCGGAAUGCGCCAAGCUAAGAGCGCAGUGUGGCCAGCUCGAGGCAACACUCAAUGCGGAGCAGGAGGCGCGCGCUGCUGUGGAGGCGCGCGUUAGCAAGCUCGGCAGCGACCUGGCAUUGCGUGAGAAGGAGCGUGAGGCUGCUGAGCACCGGCUCUUGCGGCACAUGGAGAGCACCGCUAAGCGUGAUGAGAUGUUUGCGCAAGAGGCGCAGCGCAUUAGGGCAGCGGACGAAGCAGUUAUCCAGGAGCUUCGGUACAGCAUUGACCAUCUUAAGGCGCUGCUAGACAAGUGCAGGCAAGAAGCCGAGCUGGAGUCGAGGCGACAACUCGCCUCGCUCCAGCGGGAAGCCAGCCUCCGGGAAAAGUUAGAGGCGGACUGCGCGCGGUACCGUGACAAGCUGCAGGAGGAGCAGGACAAUUACAGCACAGCAGUAGCCCAGCUGCGCCGCCAGGUCGGCGAGCGCGGCGUGGAGAGCCAGCUGCUUCAGGAGAAGCUGGAAGCGGCUGAGCGAAGGAUUUCGGCGCAUACCGCUAGGGUCGUUGAGCUCGAGGCAGCCAUGGAGCGUAGCACCCGGCACCUAGGCCAGCAGGUGACCAGCAGAGACGCCGAGAUGGCGGCCCUGCAGGAACAACUUGACCAGCAUCGCAGGAAGUUGGAGCACAAGGAGGCGGAGCUGCGGGACGCCCAGGCGGCGCAUGCGCGGCAGAUGGAGCUCAUGCAGCGGCGGCUGGCGGAGCAGGAGGCCGCCGCGCGGGACCAGGAGGCGCAGCUGCGCCGUCAGAUAGAUAGCGCGCGACAGGAGGCGCAACUAGCGGACAGCACGGGUUCGCGUGCGCAGCACAGGCUGACGGAGCUGCAGGACAUGCUCGCCGCGCGUGAGGAGCGGUUACGGCAGCUGCAGGCGGAGCUAGCGGCAGAGCACGUCCGUCGUGACGCGCACAUGCGACAGCUGCAGGAGGGGCACGCCGCUCAGGUGGCUGGGCUGGAGGCGCGGAUCCGGCAGCUGGAACAGCAGCUGGUCGUCAUGCCGAGUCCCAUGGAGCCGCAACGGUACCAGGUCCGGUCAGCCGCGGCCGCGGUUGACAAGCUCAUGGGCAACCUGCUAGGCAGUGCUCAAAGCUUCUCAACAGGCGGGAUGGGGUCUAUUGACGAGGAGUAUGAGCGCGGCCCCACCGCCGACCUAAUCCUACGACUGUCGCAGCAGCCCCUGCCGCAGAUCAUGCCGGCGACCCAGCCUGUCCAGCAAGCUGGAGCGACUGUGGACGCAUCGCAGCGGGAUGCGCCACCCGCAGCGGCUGCCGACGGCAGCGGUGCAGGGACAAGUAACGCUGCUGCCGCUCCCGUGGAGCCUGCCAAGGCGGGGACCGGAAAACGCGGUCUUGAGCAGCCCCCUGACGCCGAGGAGCGGCCUGCCGGCAAAGGCCGCGGCCGCAAAGCCGCCAAGAGCAAGGAGGAGCAGCGGGCGGCUGCAACCAAGGCCGCAGCGUCACAAGACGACGCUGACGAGGAGCCACCGGCGGAGUUGCCGUCCCAAGACCCGGCGCCCAGCGGUCGCGCAGCAACCCGGCGACGAGCCGCGCAGUCUGGACUGGAGCGAGCCAAGGCAAUGGCUGCCGCUCUCGCCAACGACUCUGGCAACGACACGGAAACCGUCGACACGCCAGGCUUUGAGCUACGGAGCAGUCGAGCGCAGCGCAACGCCUCUCGAGCUGCUCAGAAGCAGGCUCAGGCAGCCAAGGCAGCUCAGAAAGCGCAGGCCGACACGGAGGACCCUCCUAGCGACGCGGAAGCAGGUGGCUCGGCCGAGCCCACCCAAGCAGCAGCUGCGGCGGCGGCGGCGCCCCCACCAGCUGCCAAGACACGGACCAGGGGUGGCAGGGGCGCUAAAGGCAGCAAGGCGCAGGAUUCCAAGGCUGAGCAGUCCGAUGCGGGGCCGUCCGGUUCUCAGCCUCCUGCAGCCGCAGCGCCUGCACCCUCCGCGCCCGAGAACGAACCAUCAGCCCAGGCCAUGCCGCCGCCACGGCAGCGGGCGGCCGCCAAGAAAGGCUCGGCCGCUGUUGCCGUUGCUGAAGCGCCCGCCGAAGGGGGCUGCGGCAGUGGGGCUGCAGGCGCGGACGACGUGGACGUGGUCCCUGCCACUCAGGAGGCCGACUUGCAGGCCACACAGCAGCCGAACACCCAACAGGUGCCGCAGCCGCCCACGCAGCCGCAGCCCCCGCCUGGUCGGCCGCUGCAGCAGGGGGCCAACGCGGGUUCUGGUGGUGCAGCAGCGGCCUCAUACAUGCCGGCCAGCAGCCAGGUCAGCAUCUUCAGCCAGACGUUCAAGCAGUACGAGCCGCUCCUCGCCAAGAACCCACUGGCCAUGCUGAACCCCAAGCUGAUCGAGCAGGCGAAGAACCGCAUGCGGCUCAUACCCUUCACCACCCUCCAGCAGAACAAGCCGGUGGUGCCGCCCAGCCUUGCAAAGGGUCAAGGGGGAGGUCAGCAGGUGGGUGUGAAGCGGCCUUUAUCGCAG